AUGUUGUUAGACCUUAAGGCUAGAUUUCUUGGGGUCUUUUGUGAAAGCGUAACUUUUCAAUAUAAAAAUGAUAAAUUAAAUAUAUUUAACACACAACGCCUAAAUGUGUUAUACGAAAAGAAUUGGACAAAGUUGGUUACAGAGCAGUUACGAAGAUUUGAAAGGGCCGUAGUCGAAUCUAAAAGAAUUACGGAUCCUUCGGAUAUCGACAUUCCACAUUGGAACUUUGGAGAGGCUCUUUUAUAUUCAGUAACAUUACUUACAACCGUUGGUUACGGAAAGCUUUCUCCAAAAACUGCACUUGGAAAAAUAGCCACUAUACUUUAUUCUAUGAUAGGAGUUCCUUUAAUGCUAGUUCUUUUGUCUGCAUUUGGAACUUUUUUAGCUUCUGGUGCCAAAAAAAGUUAUUUAAAAUUAUGCUGUCAAACCAACGACAAUAUGGUGAAGAGUCCAUCAGUUGGAUAUCAUAAAGCACCUUCCAGUCCCUCUGGGAAGCAAUACUGUAAAUCUCAUGAAGAUUUAGCAUCUGUACAAACAUCUUCAGGACAAAAUACUCCAAACCACGUCAACUUCAGACCAAAUCAUCAUAAUCAAUAUAUCGAACCCGUGGAAAUUCAAAAGCGAUCUCUACUUGCAACUGUUAGGUCAAGUCACACAAGGGGACGCUGUAGACAGGGAGCUGUGCGACAAACGCUGGCCGAUGUUAUUAUUCCUAUUUGUCCUACACACUCUCAUCAUGGAGUGCCUAUGAGAAAUUCUAUCAACUCCUCAAUCGAGGGUAUUGCAGCCACUGCAGAUUUAGAGGAAACUGAGGACACUGAUGAAAAUGAUCAAGCCAUAUGUACCCACGACACACCAUCUCGUAUGCCGCUGAUUUGGAGUCCUCCAGAAACAAAUAGUUCAUCUUCCCAACCACCACCACCAUCAGUGCCUGCUGUUCUCGUCCUUACAAUGUUUAUUACGUACGUGUGUGCUGGCGCGUUCGCCUUUUCUUCAACUAGUAGUAAGAGCUUCCUGGACGCUAUAUAUUUUUGUUUCAUAGCGUUGUCAACGAUCGGUAUUGGAGACACAUUACCUCAAACUACAGACUUUCAUGCCCAGUUGCAAUUGUUGGCAUGUUGUGUUUAUAUAUUUUUUGGUCUUGUCGUAGUUUCGAUGUGUUUUAGUUUGGUGCAAGAAGAAGUGACGUAUAAAUGUAGACAGAUUGCGAAUAACUUAGGAUUAAUAAAAAACUAA